AUUGGUUUACGCUGGCUCUGACACCAAAACUUGGCCUCCAUCCCAACCCUACUGGUUUACUUUUCGGUGUAAAGGCCAUCGACAUCGACAGACGACACAACACAGACUGGCUUCCCCUUCUUCGUUGCUCUCGUUUUUCUACUUCUUUUACCCACAACACAUCUAGUCUUCUGAUCUUGUCUUCGCUAAAUGAUUCUAUCUCCCAAUCCUCCAUUCUCUUGCGCGGAGAAGUACCAACCUUAUGUUAGUAUUUUAGAAUUUGGUUGGUUUGUUUUGUAUGUCCUUAUUGUUGCAUUGAAUUCCAUUGCAGGGAUUAUGGAGCUAAUAAGAAUGCUUAAUGAUCUUUUCAUAUCUACAAGAAAAGAUGCAGUGGAUGUAGAAGUCGAUAGAUUAAGCAGCUUGCCAGAUGAACUAAUCCAUAAAAUCCUUUCUUUCAUUAACAUCAAAGAUGCUAUUAGCGCUAGUGUAUUGUCAUCUAGAUGGAGGUUUAUCUGGACUUCAAUGCCCUCUCUGAAUUUCGAGAAUCUCAAUAAUGAGCGCUACUUUUUCAGUUUUAUUUAUAAUGUUCUAUCUCACCGCAAUAAUCAAGUACAAUUGUCUUCGGUCAAGCUUGUUCUUGGAAGAACAGUUAGGGACGAUGAAUCUGUUACAAGAAUUCUCAGCUGCAAAUUCUCUCACAAUCUCCAACAACUGAGUGUUACACGUGUGCCUGGAGGGAAUAUAGUUGAAUGCCCAUAUUCCAUUAUGGCGCCACCAAAGUGGGACCUCCCAGCUUUAACGACUUUGCAUCUUCACGAAGUCGAACUGUCUGAUUAUGAUGAUAUUGGUCUUUUCUCUAAGUGCACCAACUUGAAGAACCUCUCCUUGAACCGGUGCAGAAUGAAAGAAACCAAAGUUUUAAAUAUCUGUCAUCCUCGACUUUCUGAUCUGACACUUGUAUCUACACCCCCUGAUAUAGAAUUAGAGGAGGUUGUGAAUGUGGUUACACCUCAACUCAAGAAUCUCACAAUUAUAAGGUGCGAAGGAGAGCAUCUGAUUUCUGCACCUGGGCUUACCUCCUUGGUCAUAGAAGGUUCUCAGCCUUGGUAUGUUUCUACACCAUCAGGUUUCCAUUCUUUGGAGAAGGUUGAACUCUUUAUGUACGAUCCAUUCAAAGCAGAUAUUCAUAGAAUAGUUUCUCUGCUUCAACAGCUCCAUAGUGUUAAGCUUCUUACACUUAACUUGGGGAUUCUCAAGCGUCUCUUUUCACAAAGGAAGAGUCUAUCUUCAUCCAUGAAACUAGUCCCACAUAAAGCUUCUGCGUUUGCUAACACAAAGAUUUUGAAGUUUACAACAAAACCGGUGGUAAAGGUAUACUUGGAGGUUGGGGCACAAGAGAAAGUAACUACGUGUACUGAAAUAAAAAACGAUGAUGAAACUUCUCCAAGUGCCAUAUUCCCAAUGGUCUCAUGUGAGGAGAUUAUAGCUAUGGAGAAUAUGGCAGCAGCACAAGUAUUUGUAAAACACUUGGGGAUAUUGCUAGAGGAGGUUAAACAAAAUAGAAAUAGCGACGAUUUCAAGGCUGAGAGGGAUGUACAUAGCAAACCAUACGUUGAGAUGCAUUGGGCGUGGACAUUACAAUGGAACCUUGUGGCAAUGAUGGGAGUGUUUAAGCAUGAGAAAAUUAAAGCAAAAUUAGAUAAUUUUCUCAUGAUGGCACAAAUUACGAAAAAGUAUAUUAAUAGGCACGAUUGCACGAAAUCUAUGAAUCACCCCAUUAUUGGAUGGUUGCACGAAAUGGGUGGAUUGUUUCACCACACUGAAGACUUGAUAACUCAGUUGUCUGCAUCAAAGAAGGCGGUGAUGCUACCAUUUUUUUUGAGUUUGUGCGAAGAUGCCACAAUUCUCACGGUUAAUAUUUUGGGAUGGAUUCACACCAUAAAGUAAACUCAAGAGACCAAUGCACUUAUUUUUUAGUAUUAAUUUUUAUGUCGGUUUAAUUUACACUCUUAUGCUAAAACUCAAGAUUCAUGGGUGAUUGUGUUCACUUAUUUUCGUGGAUGUUAAUUGAAAAUUUAAUUUAAACAUCAAGUAUUUGAAAUAAUAAAAAUAAAAG